GGGGAGAAUACAAUGCAAAUAGGAUCCGACCCGGUCUUCCCGAAAAUAUCUCCCUCCCCUGCAGCUUCAUAGAAAGUCGCCUCCUUUUUCCCUAUCCAACUUCUCGUUCCUUCCUUUGGCAGAAUCCUAGAACUUCUCACUUGGCACCGAUGGCCACUCCUUCCUCGAAUUCCCUGCCUGUCCUCUAUAUAACCAACCAUCUCACCCCCGCUCCGCUUGUCGAUUCAAUCUUCGAAAGUCUUAACCUUUUUUGUCCACUCAAAUGGCUGGAAGUGCUAUCGAGUUCGAGGAUUUCCUUCCCAUCAUCGCGGAGAAGCUAGGGGAGGAGGGUCUGAUUGCGGAGCUUUGCAACGGUUUUCGUCUUCUGAUGGAUCCGGCGAGGGGGCUUAUCACCUUCGACAGUCUUAAGAGGAACGCGGCUUUGCUAGGGCUUGAUGGGAUGCGGGAUGAUGAGCUUUGGGGGAUGCUGAGGGAAGGGGACCUUGAUGGCGACGGCUCGCUUAGCGAGAUGGAGUUUUGUGCGCUUAUGGUGCGGCUUAGCCCGGAGCUUAUGGAGGAGUCGUGGCGAUUGGUGGAUGAGGCGUUUCAGCAAACAGUUAAAUCUCCUUCAGAUUUUUUUUAGUCUGUAGCUUUCUUUUAAAUCUAACAGGUUUAGAUUGGAUUGGAUUGGAUGGUUGUUCUUUUUUUUCUGAUUGUGAGCGAUUGGUGGUGUUUUUAUGACCAUUUUUAGCUGAUGGCCUUUUAGUUUUGAUGUUAUACUUAACAUUCCUUUUGGAAAUUGUAUGGAACCUCUGUGAAACAGAAUAAUUA